AGCAAAGAACCAGAAAAAAAAAUACUUUUGUUGAAAAAUUAACUUAUCUGAAAUCGAAUGAUAAUUACUAAUUAGUAUUAAAAAUCAUUUUGCCUAAACAUUAAAUCCAAUUAAGUGAACUAUUUCUUGAUUGUUGAUUGAGUUUCCUCCCCUUUCCGCAUCCGAUCUAAUUUUAAAGAGGCGUAAAACAGAUAUGACGAGUUUGCGAACUGUAGGCGUAUAUUAAAGAAUUGGUGAACUAGGCGAAAGCCCAUGGAAAUAAGCUUUAUUAAACUUUAACCAUUUAAAGUAUUAGAGUUAGAAGUUCGAUAUUCUUAUUGUGUUUAUUUUAAAGCUUCACCCGAAAAAUGUUUGUAAACAAAUAUUUUGUAUUAAUAUUUAUAACUUUAUAUGAUUCGAUCAAAUCUUCAAAUGGAUUUGAUCCAAUAGUGUGGCGAGUCCUUAAUGAAAACCAAAAAUUUGAUUUGCAACAGCCUUUUGGAAACGAAACUAACUUUUUGAUAAAAGCAAGAUUGAAUUAUGAGACAAUCGAAGGAUCUUCAAAUGAUUUUUACAUAGAAGAGUCAAUAUUCAGUGAUGAAAGAAACAGAAUUGUAACUUUAAUCAAUCAUGAAGCAAAUCCAAUAGAAAUAUUCCGUCAAUUCGAAACUCAACGUAUUGAGCUGGUCUGUUUUCCAUUGAAACACUGUUAUUAUGAUGGAGAUUUGCGGAAUUACCAAUUCCACAGUGAACAUGAAAUGGUGACCCGAAUCGUGAAAAGCGCACUAUUGAUGGGACCUUAUCGUAUAAUAUCAUAUUUCGCCAAUGAAACAAAUAACAAAAUUCAUCGAUGGGUUGAUACUGGUAAUGGAUCGACUCAAUAUUUGGAAAUGACUGCAGUAUUUUCAGGCCGGCCUAAUAAAGAAUUGACGGGCUUGAUAAAUGCUCUAAAAAUCACUAUUACUGAAGGACAAGAUCGAAAUGUGACAUUAUAUAUAACACAGGUUGAGCCCUUUAAAAGGAUAACCAUUACAAAGAAAGAUGGAGGUUACAUUGACGGAUUGACUGAAUCCAUUGGUUCCAGAAAAAUUUUUUUCACCAUCACAUCAAUAGAUUCGGUUUCAUCAAUAAAGAUUAGGGAUGGAAAGUUGAAUGAUCGUGAGUUGGUUUACGAUUAUAAAUUUGGUAUGAAAUAUACUUUAUCCGGCUCAAAUGAAUGUGCGAUUGAAUUGCGCGAUGCUCCAGAUAAAUUAAUUUUGGUGAAUCCCGAUUAUUAUGGGAGUGAAGCUUACUUCCAAAGAACCCGGUGA